GUCGAUCUGAAGGUCACACUUGGUCUCGGAGGAGUGUUGAUUGUUCUCGCAUCUGUUGCCGCUUCAAUCGGUUUCUGGAGUUUUGUCGGUGUUCCCGCAACCUUGAUUAUCAUCGAGGUCAUUCCCUUUUUAGUUCUGGCGAUCGGUGUGGAUAAUAUUUUCAUUCUAGUCCAGGACUAUCAAAUGGAUAACUUGAGAGAAGCUUCUUCACAGUCCAGCCGUGUUCAACAGCAGUCAAUUGGUGCAUCAACCAACGGCCAUACGGAGGAAUCUGGGGCUAGAUUGUUGGAAAUAAUUCAUGGUAGUCAAUUUGAUUUGCGCUCGGAGGUUCAGAAACGUGUGGCGAGAAGUCUUGGUCGUGUUGGUCCGUCAAUGCUACUCUCCAGCGCAGCGGAGUCUGUAGCAUUCUUUUGCGGUUCAUUGACCUCAAUGCCUGCCGUUCGCGUUUUUGCUCUUUAUGCUGGCGUCUCCCUUGUUAUCAACUUUCUGCUGCAAAUUUUCGCGUUCACUGCACUACUAACAUUGGAUGCUCGCCGCGAAGCUGCUCGAAAAUGGGAUGUUCUCUGCUGCGUUCGAAAUCGCACACCUGAGAGUACAAUCCAGCCUCCCAAUGAAACGUCUGGAGAGGAACAUGACCGGUAUCAGUCACAGGAGCAGCAACCCGAUGACAGACGUGAUGGUGCGCAACCUCACGGUACAUGGUUGUACCAAGCCGUGUCUAACUACCUCUCUCCCUUUAUCCUUUCACGGUGGAUUCGUCCCAUGCUGAUGAUAAUUCUUCUCGCGUGGAUGUGUGUCUGUGUUGCAUUGAUAACUACUCGUUUGGAGGUUGGACUCGAUCAGCGAUUGUCUAUGCCUUUGGACUCAUAUGUACUUGAUUACUUUGACGCUAUUUCACAGUAUUUGGCUGUUGGACCACCGGUAUACUUCGUAGUUACUGCUGGCCACAACUAUACUCAGUGGGAGCCUGGUCAACAGGAGGUCUGUGGCCUUUCAUCCUGUUCUAGUACUUCACUUCCAAGUGUGAUUGGAGCUUAUGCGCACUUAGCCAAUCGAUCAUAUAUUGCCUCUCCAUCAAUGGUCUGGACCGACCAAUAUUCGCAGUGGCUUAGACCGAAUAGCUCAAAUAUCCACUGUUGUCGUGUAUUGAAAUCAGAUCCUCAUCACUUUUGCGACGCCUCUGAUUACACAUCAGACUGCGUUUCCUGCUUGCAAUCGGAUGAACUAUUCCCACAAGGUGAAGAAUUUAAUCGUUUCAUUGGCCGCUUCCUCCAACAAAACCCCGAUGAAGUCUGUCCGAGUGGAGGAAAAGCUGCAUUUGCAAGUUCAGUUCAACUUAUCAAACGUAAUAAUACACCAUCGAAUGUAUCUGUUGGAGCAACCAAUUUUAUGACUUAUCAUACUGUUUUGAAAAGACCCUCAGACUAUCUGGAAGCUCUAAAACUGUCGCGUCACAUUGCUGAUUAUGCUUUACGAUACUGGAGCGACCACAGUGCUAAGAGUUCUGUAUCAAAUAAUACCAUCUUCCCCUACAGCGUUUUCUAUGUUUUCUAUGAACAGUAUCUUGGCAUGCAGGCGGAAACAGCCCUUCAAUUGGGUGUUUGCUUGGCUGCUAUAACGGUGAUAGUCCUUCUACUUCUUGGACUUAACUUUGCAGCGACGUUUGCAGUUCUCCUGGGUGUAGUUUGUAUUGAUGUGAGCCUUGUUGGGCUUAUGAGUAUAUGGGAUAUUAACCUGAAUGCUAUCUCACUAGUAAAUCUUGUUGUGUGUACUGGUAUUGCAGUGGAGUUCUGCGCUCAUAUUGUCCGCGCGUACACUGUCAGUGCUCGCAAAACUCGGAUUGAACGUGCACACGAGUCCCUUUCAGAGAUGGGCAGCUCAGUUCUGCGCGGUAUCACCUUAACUAAGCUAGGUGGUAUUCUUGUACUGGCCUUCUCGAAUUCCCGCCUUUUCCAAGUGUUUUACUUCAGAAUGUACCUCGGGAUAGUGGUGUUUGGAGCUCUGGUGGGACUUAUUUUCCUCCCAGUCCUGCUGAGUUAUAUCGGCCCAUCGCUCAAUCCCUUUGCUGUGAAUGCUGAGAGGGAGAGGCGGGACAGUAGCAAUGGGGGCAAUGAAGAGAUCGCACAAGAGUCCGAGAUGAGAGAAGAAGGUCAAGGGGAAUCUCAAUUUCAGGCGACGGGGUGCGGCAGUAAUCGACUUUAA